GCGAAGCACCUCCUCCAUCUCUGCGCUGCGCUCACGGUUCUGCCGCUGCCACACGCUCUCCGUCGCUUUCUCCAGGUUCUGCGCACGCUGUUUCGGUUCGACUCGGGUUUACACGAUUUUUAUUGAAACCAAAUCUGUACAGGACGACGCUUUGUGUUACCAGUCUGCUUGGUCUGUUUGGAGGAAGCACUACCAAAAACUUUACCCUUCUCUCUCACACACACGUCAGAAGAGCGCUUAAACCAAGCGGGGGAUUGUAGCCAGUCACAUUUUGGGAGCUUCACCAAUUUUCAAGAUUUUCUCCAACUUCAGCCCUCAGACAAACAUUAGCAUGAUGUCAUAUCUAAAGCAACCGCCUUACUCGGUCAAUGGGCUCAGCUUAACCACUUCCGGGAUGGACCUCCUGCAUCCAUCAGUGGGUUAUCCAGCAACGCCGCGGAAGCAAAGACGAGAAAGGACGACUUUCACGCGCGCACAGCUCGAUGUUCUGGAGGCUCUGUUCGCCAAAACUCGAUAUCCGGACAUAUUUAUGCGCGAAGAAGUGGCCCUGAAAAUUAACCUUCCCGAGUCAAGAGUACAGGUGUGGUUCAAAAACCGACGGGCCAAGUGUCGCCAGCAGCAACAGCAGCAGCAGAACGGGGGCCAGAACAAGGUGCGGCCGGCCAAGAAAAAAAGUUCCCCUGCCCGGGAAGUGAGCUCUGAGAGCGGAGCCAGCGGACAGUUCACACCCCCAACCAGCACCACCACAGUCCCGGCCAUCUCCAGCAGCAGUGCGCCGGUGUCUAUCUGGAGCCCAGCGUCCAUCUCGCCCCUGUCAGACCCACUGUCUACCUCCUCCUCGUGCAUGCAGAGGUCUUACCCCAUGACGUACACACAAGCCUCCGGCUACAGUCAGGGCUACGCUGGCUCUACGUCUUACUUCGGCGGAAUGGACUGCAGCUCCUACCUCACGCCCAUGCACCACCAGCUGUCCGGGCCUGGCUCCACGCUUAGCCCCAUGAGCACAAAUGCCGUCACGAGCCAUCUGAACCAGUCCCCUGCACCUCUGUCUACCCAAGGCUAUGGGACGUCAGGUCUAGGCUUCAACUCGACUGCGGACUGCUUGGAUUACAAGGACCAGGCGGCGUCCUGGAAGCUCAACUUCAACGCGGAUUGCUUGGAUUAUAAAGACCAGUCUUCGUGGAAGUUCCAGGUCCUGUGAACAGUGUGGCUGCCAAAACACAAACUAACGACACGAGGCUCCCGGGGCGCAGCUCCAGUGGAGAUUCUAUAAUUUAUUCAUGUGCAUCGUGCACAUCUCUGCAGGACACACCUGUUGAAGCGCACCUCCGCCACGGAAUACGAGUAUGUGAAAAAGAGAGGGGCCCCGAGGGGCCACUCAGCUCUGUACUCAGCAGACACGUGGGUCGCUGUGUGGACACGGAUGCACUACUUUAUUUAAGAAAAAAGUGUUUAUAAGGAAUCCAUAUGUAGUUUCUGAGAGACAAUCAGUGUGUGUCUUAUAUAAAUGGUAUCAGUGUUUUUGUUUUUUAUCUGUGAUAGCCUUCAAACUGUGAUCUGUUGUAUUGUAUGCAAUUUGUGAGCCCCUGGCAUCAGACUGCAGUGACUUUUGGACAGACUCGGUUCAGUGCUUGGGCUUUGUCCAGUGCAGAGGCGCGCGGGCCUGCUCCUUCACUCUUUGUGGAUCUGCUCUGGCCCAAAGACGGUGUGACCUCACCGCUCCAACUCUCAAUAAAGGUCCU